AUGAAGAUCACCAUCAAUCACUUCCACGCCGUCGCCAUGUGGCGCUGGAACCUCAAGCCCGUGUCGACCGCAGAUCAGCCAACUCGCGACGGAGAGGACGCAGCGAUGGACGAGGACGAAGAGGAAGACGAGGACGACGUGUGUGGGAUCUGUCGAGUCGCAUUCGACGGCUGCUGUCCCGACUGCAAGGUUCCUGGAGACGGGUGUCCUCCGAUCUGGGGCGAGUGCACGCACGUCUUCCACAUGCACUGCCUGAUGAAGUGGCUCGACACGGAGAGCUCGAAGCAGCAGUGCCCGAUGGACCGCAGGCCUUGGGUCACCGCCGGUAUCGCCGCUUCCGCCGCACACCCAGCGCCCGCCCUUCUCGCCGCUCCUCCCGUUCAGCCCGGCGCACCGCAGCCCGACGCCGCCGUCGCGACGCCUGCAUGA